ACUUUAUCUUGUUGUAACCGCAAUCGUGGGCCUGAUAGAUAUUAGGUUCAAGAAAUUAUCAGUAAUGCACGGGUAAAUUAGCUCUGUAGCCAUUUAGCUUAUUCUAUUUAAUUGACAUUACAGAAUUUACUUUGUAUGCAACAUUUACUCACCGUAGUGACAGUUUCACACUACAGGUAACUCAUCAAUUGACGUUAUAGUUAGUUAUGAAGCUUGCUAAAAUGGUUACCUAACUAGUUACAGACGAAGCAUUUGGCUAAUUUAACAAAAAAACUGCCUGGCACUCAGUUCAGGGCUAGCAACUCUCAUUCCAAAGAGAGGACUGUUCCAAUUUUAGGGCUGUUAUAGAUACACAUAGGCCUACUCACCUCUUGCUGAGUUAGCUGGCAAGGUGGUUAAAAAAAAACGAGUCUACUGAUGACGCACCGGUGCGUCAAUAUAAGUAAAAUAAUACAAACAUCCCUGUCAAAAUCUGUAAAUUUAAGGUAGAGAUAUGUUUUACAUGGGCUUCGGCUCAAUAUGCCUAUGGCGGCCUUCCGCAACUGCGGAGAUCAUCAGCAGCCAAUUAACGUUAAUAAACUAAAAACUAAUGUACCUUUCCAUUUGGGUUUAAUUCUAUUUUAAUCCUGUAAAAUCAGGGGAUUAAUUAAAAUUGUGCAAUAUGGUUUAAUGAAUUUCAAUUAACUUCCUGUAUGGUCAGUUCAAAUGAACUUGACCCCAAACAGCCCUGAUACCCUUGUAGUGUGUUGUCAUCCUUUUUGCCCUUUCCUAUCAUCUGUAUUUCUCUUCUCCUAUCUGUGUGUCCAUCAACAUUUCAGAGGUAGAAAGAACAGAUGCUACAGGCUGGCAGUACGAAGGGCCUUUGUAUAUGCCACCAAGGCUCUCAAGAUCAAACGACGUAACAUGCGUAUGUCACGGGAGCACAGCAUGAAGUACCCCACCCUUAUGCACAACCUGGUGAAGAGUAGUGUUCUGAGCGACCAUGCCAUCACAGAGCCUAAGUCAUUCCUGUCUCUUGCAAUGCUGGUCAGGGCGAGGCAACAGGAGGGAUUCGGUGCAGCGUUAGGCGAUGGCAAAGAGCCUCCUGGUGUCAUUUCACGCAUCAUCACACUACAGUGAUCUAUCCACCUCCUCCAUAGACAAUUGCAAUUGACUCCAUACCACCUCUUUGCUGAUCUCAGCAAGGGCCCACACAUCCAAUAACCCAGUUUCCUUACUAGCAAUACGACCAACACAGUGCUGCCCUGACACCAUUCUACUCCCUUUCUGAAUCAUGGCUGCUGGAGAGAUGCUGACGUAAUCACUCCACACCUCACUCAAUAUGAUAGUAUUCAUAGGAGAGGUUUGACUGACUGGGAGGAAUACUUGGCCUUCAUUUGUAAUGCCUUGUGUCUAUGUACAUAUGUGUGAUUGUGUGUUUGCCUGUUUUCCU